AUGGUCUAUGGGACUGACGAAAAGAAUGAACAGUACCCUUAUUAUUCGAAUAGUAUCCCAGCAAUGGCUGAAGCUGUUCCCAUUCCUGAGCCUCCUGGUCUGCCAUUGAUUGGCAACCUGGGCGAGUUUACGACCAGUCCGUUGCAAGAUAUCAAGCGUUUAGCCGACACAUAUGGCGAAAUCUUUAGACUUCACUUGGGCACUCGGCCAGUCGUCUUUUGCUCUACGAAUGAGCUCGUCAACGAGUUGUGCGAUGAGAAGCGAUUUCACAAGACUUUGCAAUCAGCUCUGAGGAUUGUGCGAGAAGGUGUUCAUGAUGGUUUAUUCACAGCGCAUGACGACGAGCCCAACUGGGGUAAAGCCCAUCGUGUUCUCAUUCCCGCCUUCGGUCCCCUUUCCAUUCGCGGCAUGUUUGACGAAAUGCACGAUAUUGCCACUCAACUUUGCAUGAAGUUUGCUCGUCAUGGCACCCAACACCCCAUCAACUCCUCUGACGAUUUCACCCGCCUGGCUCUUGACACAUUGGCUCUUUGUGCCAUGGACUUCCGUUUCAACUCAUACUAUAACGAAGAGAUGCACCCAUUCAUUCAAGCUAUGGGUGACUUCCUCACGGAAGCUGGACGUCGCAAUAAGCGGCCCUCUUUCGCGCCCAACUUCCUCUACCGAGCUGCAAACGAGAAAUUCUUCAACGACAUCGCCAUCAUGAGAAAGACUGCCGAUGAUGUUGUGGCCCAUCGCAAGAAGAACCCUAGCGACCGAAAGGAUCUUCUCAAUGCCAUGUUGAAUGGCGUUGAUCCUACUACAGGCGAGAAACUAAGUGAUGCCAAUAUCACGGAUCAGCUCAUCACUUUCCUUAUUGCUGGUCAUGAGACAACUUCUGGCUUACUGUCAUUUGCCUUUUACUACCUGCUAAAGAACCCUUCUACUUACCAAAAGGUUCAGCAGGAAGUCGAUCAAGUGAUUGGCCGGGAGAAGAUCAAGGUCGAGCACAUCACAAAGCUGCCUUAUAUUGCCUCAGUACUGCGAGAGACACUACGACUUAGUUCUGGCAUUCCUGGCUUCUCCGUAGAAGCAUACGAAGACACUCUCCUUGCAGGAAAAUAUCUCGUUCGCAAGGGUGAACCCAUUACAGCACUUCUGACCCGGGCUCACCUGGACCCCGUUGUGUUCGGUGAGGAUGCCGCGGAAUUCAAGCCCGACCGUAUGAAUGAUGAGAAUUUUGAGCGUUUGAACAAGGAGUUUCCCAACUGCUGGAAGCCCUUUGGCAACGGAAAACGUGCCUGCAUUGGCCGACCUUUUGCAUGGCAGGAGGCUUUGUUGUGCAUGGCCAUGCUGUUCCAGAACUUCAACUUCACAAUGGCUGAUCCCAGCUAUAAUCUCGAAAUUCAGGAGACUAUGACUAUCAAGCCGAAGGGUUUCUACAUGCGAGCCAGUUUGCGACAUGACAUGACUCCAACGGAGCUGGAACAGGUCCUUGCUGGAAAGGCUGGAGAUGUGAAGCAUCAUGAGGCUGCCAAGGACGCAAAGGCCUCAGAGAAUUCUGCCAGGGGCAAACCUCUGGCCGUCUUCUACGGCUCCAACAGUGGCACUUGUGAGGCUUUAGCCCAGCGAGUGGCCGCCGAUGCGCCUCGACACGGAUUUCGAGCUACCACCGUGGCGCCGCUGGAUGAUGCAAACCAGAAGGUUCCCAAAGAUCGUCCUGUUGUUAUUAUCACGGCUUCUUACGAAGGUCAACCGCCAUCCAAUGCUGCUAUGUUCGUGGCGUGGAUAGAAAGCCUCAAGGGCAAGGAGAUGGAAAACGUAUCAUAUGCCGUGUUUGGCUGUGGACACCAUGACUGGGUUCAGACUUUUCACCGAAUUCCCAAGCUUGUUGAUAGUACGCUUGAGAAGCUUGGUGGAAACCGCAUUCUCCCUAUUGCCACUACCGACGCCGCCGAUCGCGACAUGUUCAGUGACUUUGAAACCUGGGAAGACGAAUCGCUAUGGCCAGCUCUCCAAGAGAAAUACGGAGCCGAGGAUAGCGCUGAAGCCACUGGUGAUGGUCUAUCCGUUGAUAUUACUAUGCCGCGAAAGACUACCUUGAGACAAGAUGUUGAAGAGGCUAUCGUUCUUGACACCAAGACUCUUACUGAUGCUGGAUCUCUCAAGAAGCAUAUCGAAAUUCAGCUGCCCACUGGUAUGACGUAUCGUGCAGGUGACUAUCUGGCCGUCCUCCCAUUCAACAAUAAGAACACUGUUUCUCGCGUAUUCAAAAGAUUCUCCCUGUCUUGGGAUGCCAUGCUCAACAUACAUUCGGACAGACCAACUAGCCUUCCUACCGAGACUGCAAUUUCAGCUUUUGAUGUUCUUGGAGCUUACGUUGAGCUAAGCCAACCUGCAACUAAGAGAAACAUCCAAACACUGGCAGAGGCUACACAAGAUAAAGAGACCAUUGAGAAGCUGCAGAAGCUUGCUGGAGAUGACUAUCAAGACAAGAUUUCCGCCAAAAGAGUCUCCAUUAUCGACCUUCUGGAACAGUUUCCUGCUAUCAGUCUUCCAUUCGGAGCGUUUCUGGGCAUGUUACCACCUAUGCGUGUCCGCCAAUACUCUAUUUCGUCCUCUCCCUUGGCAGAUACCUCCAAGCUGACCCUGACCUAUUCUGUUCUUGAGCAACCUGCUCUCUCUGGCCAGGGCUCACACUACGGAGUUGCCAGCAACUUCCUCUCCUCACUCACAGCAGGAGAGCGUCUUCACGUCGCUGUCAGACCCUCUCAAUCCUUCCACCUGCCCAGUGAUGCGGAGAACACGCCCAUCAUCUGCAUUGCCGCGGGAUCUGGUCUAGCUCCAUUCCGUGGCUUCAUCCAGGAACGUGCCGCCAUGAUUGCCGCUGGCAGAAAGAUUGCUCCGGCCCUUCUAUUCUUUGGCUGCCGGUCUCCGAAGCAGGAUGAUUUGUACGCUGAGGAACUGGCUCGAUGGGAGAAACUCGGCGCCAUUGACGUCCGACGUGCCUACUCUCGCUCAUCCAGCGACUCCGAAGACUGCAAAUACGUCCAGCAUCGGCUUUCGCACGACCGGGAAGACAUUACCAAGUUGUGGCAGGCCGGUGCCAAAAUCUACGUCUGCGGUAGCAAAGACGUCGGCAAGGCCGUUGAGGACGUGUUCCUCGACAUGGUACGAGAAGCUGGCAAGAAGAAGACAGGUAACGAUGUGCCUCAUGAGGCGGCGAAGGAGUGGUUCGACAAGCAGAAGAAUGAGAGAUAUCUGACAGAUGUUUUUGAUUAA